UUGUUCAGUGUCAAACUCAAAACGGGAGAGUAAUGCGUUGAAAUUUGAGUUAUCUAAAUGAAUAAGCCGGAUCGGAGCAUCUCUUGUGUGAUUAAGGACGCAGGGCCGAAGGGUUUGCCUGUUAGCCGUCCUCCGCAGAAAUCUGCAGAGGGAUAAACCAAGGCAAGGAUGGGAGGUCGGCAGACUCGACCCAGUUUUCAGGAUCAGGACUGGGGUGAUGCGGAUGAUGUUGGGUCCCCACAGGCCGUGGAUAUGGACCGGAUACGCACUGCCGCUGACUGGACACAAGUCUACACGUGCGAUAUCUGCUCCUGGGUCAGUGGCAUCUGCUCUAUGUUUCAUUUUGAUCCAGAUGUGAAUUUCUGCUUACAGUCUAAACCAAGGAACAGAGUCAAGCAAGUUUACAUUAGAAACAUGCAGCCUCAUAGCACACAAGGCUACCAGUUUCUUAUUCAACCAGAUGUCGAUGAAAGACACACCAGAGGCUUCCUUUUUAAACGAACACCAUCAGCCAGAAAGCGUAUCAUGAAAUACCGCAAGCAGAGUCGUGGAAAGCUGCUCAUCAAGAAGCUGACAGGGCAUGGAGAAUACAUCUUGCCGUUUCGCGUUCCUGAGUGGUAUGUGAUUGGAUUCAGGGAUAAUACAGCCGUUGUGCAGUUUACAGACAUGGGGACUGGGGAUAUACAGUUUCUGGUGGUGGACGUAGCUACUGGGCGCGUGCGAUCGACGUUCAAAGAUAGCUUCACUCGGCACCCUUGCCUUUACGAGGCUUACAUCAGCCCGGAUGCAUCUCUGUACUUACUGCGGCCAAAUCUUCUUUACGCUGUCCGUGGCUUCGAGGAUCCCUUCAGUGAACUUUGCUUGACGAAAGACAUACGCGUGAUCAGUAUAGGCACUGGAGUCAGUCACGUGACACACUUGAUCAAAGAUAUCCACCAGUCAGAAUACUGGUACAGCAUUGCUUUUGACCCUCGCUACAAGUCAAGCCGCAUCGCCUUCGGUAACUACACAUCUCAAAGAUUCCGAGACUGUAUUGCGGUGUACGAUCUCAAGACUAAGUCAGUGCUGCAUCAAACCAAAGACCGCGUUCACGGCAGCCAUCAUAUAGCAUUCAGCCCUGGUGGUGCUGUUUUGGCAUCGCUGACAAACGUUUUGAUGACGCUCAGGCUGGACUUGAUCAGCCCUAUGGAGGUUUACCUGUACAACCCGGACUCGUUAGAGGUCCUGCACUGUGUUGUACGCAAUGUGUUCAUGAACAACUUCUACGCAGGUAUCACGCCAAUUUUCUCAUUCACUGGUCAGUACAUGGCUCUGACCGGCCCCUAUGGGGCCUCCAUUUCUGUGUAUAAACUACCACUAGACCAGAGUUUACAGAAUCAUUGCCGCAUCUUGCUAAGAAAGGUUGUGCCACCUGAAGGAAUUGCAUCUUUGCCACUGCCAAACAGACUGAUCAACUACCUUCAGUUUGGUCCAGUGUAUGAUUGAAAUAGAAACGUGUUUUAUACUUUAAUAAAAAAGGGGGGAAAAAGAAACAUUAUAACUUAAUGGAAAUAUAGCUUUUUUGUCCACGUGGUCAUGUUAGAUCUCUAAUUAAAGAAUUGGUCAGGUGCGCAUAAAGAAAAGCACACACCUGGAGUCCACUUUACAAAAAAGUCAAAAGAUUUGCCCAGGGUAACUUCCAUGACUUCAGAUAGUGAACAGAUUUGCAACAUUGUAGUGUAAAUCGUCAACCUUUU